UUCACUGCAAUACUAUUCACUGACCCAGUUAGUUGAAGAUCUCCUUGUAGUAUAUUUGUUUGGAAAACCUUUUUAGUAAAAUGUCUCAGAGUUCAGCCUCAUCGCGCCGUCUGUCGGCAGAUAAAGACUGUUUGGUGAACGACAUCAUCAUCAACAGCACCAGUUCUUAUCUCGUCCAGGACUUCAUCGGAAAAGGAUGCUUUGGCAAAGUUGCCAAGUCCGUGAAUUUAUUCACAGGAAAGGACGUAGCUCUUAAGAUUAUAACAUCUGAGGACAGCAGAGCCUCAAAAAGAGAGCUCAAAAUGCUGGAGGCUAUCCGUUGUCUUGACCCAGUCAAGACAAAUGUGGUUCAUUUCCUUGAGACGUUUGAGCACAGAGGUCUGACCUGUCUGGCUUUUGAGAAGCUGGACAGAAACCUGUUCCAGCUUUUGAUGGACAGACAUGAGAAUCCUCUGUCGCUCAAUGAGAUAAGACCAAUUGCAUAUCAGUCGUGUCUGUAA